AUGGAACUAAAAAAAGAUUUAUCAAACGAAGAUAUUUCUCUUUUCGAUGCAAUAGUACAAAAAACGAAAGAACUUAAUAAUGAACUCAGAAGUCUUUUUAUUAGUAAGGAUCUUGUAAUAAUUGGAGAAGAAUUUAUCGUCAAGCUACAAGAACUGGAGAGAAAUUUCAUCGAAAUUUAUAAUUCAGUCGUUGAUUCACUCUCAGUAGAAAAUCAAUCUAGAGGUCUAUAUAUACAUGGACCUUCUGGUUGGGGAAAGUCAUACAACAUAUACUAUCUUGCUGCACUGCUUCGGAUAAAUAAUGACGAAACCAGAGUAACAUAUAUCAACAGUUGUGAAGAAUGGUAUGACAAUCAUAUGAACAGCAAAUAUCUCUACUUACUUAAAGAACUAAUAUGUACAUUCAGUAAUGAUGAGGUGUCCCCGCUUACCUUGGCUGAUUGGGCAAUGUUUGUGAUUAAAGGUUUUACGGAGAGCUUAGAUGAAAAACUAAAUAAAUUAACAACAGAUCAAUCCAAAUGGGUUGAAAUGUUCAAGUUAAGUGAAAAUUAA